AUGAUUGCCACGGAAGAACCUGAGAAAUACCCCGAGGGCGGUAAAGAUGCCUGGCUGGUCGUUGCUGGUGCAUGGUGCGCCAUGAUCCCAUCGAUGGGGCUUCUCAACACUCUGGCUGUUCUCCAGGCCUGGGUCACGGAGUAUGAAUUACAAGGGCUGCCGGAGUCAACGAUUGGCUGGUUAUUCAGUACCUAUGCAUUUUUCCUGUACUUCUGCGGUGCUCAGGUUGGCCCUAUUUUCGACGCCCAUGAUGUGCGAUAUCUCGUUAUACCGGGAUGCAUCGGUAUUGUGGCUGCCAUCAUGCUGAUGAGUUUAUGCAAAGAGUUCUACCAAUUCUUUCUUACCUUUGGCGUUCUCGGUGGCAUGUCUGCCUCACUCCUCUUUAACCCGAGCAUUUCCGCCAUUGGCCACUGGUUCUCCGAGCGACGAGCCCUCGCAACCGGUAUUGCUUGCACCGCCGGAGGUGUUGGGGGCGUUAUAUUUCCGCUCAUUAUCCUUUAUCUUGCCCCACGAGUGGGAUUUGCCUGGGCAUUGAGGACGGUCGGUUUCAUCUGUCUCGCAGUGUCCGUGUUGGCUUGUCUGCUUCUCAAGAAGAGGCUACCGCCGAACAAGAAAGCCGGAGCUGCCAUAGACAUCACGGCGCUGCAAGACGCAAAGUUCGCCUUGACAACACUGGCCGUUUUCCUGAUUGAAUUUGCCGUUUUCAUACCCUACACCUACAUAUGUUCUUACGCCAUUCAUGAGGGUAUGGGUCUGCAAAAGUCGUUACUUCUGAACGCGCUUCUCAACGCUGGCGCCAUACCGGGGCGUGCCCUGCCGGGUUACGUCGCUGACCGCUUUGGACCUUUCAACGUUAUGUGCGUGACGGCUCUCGUAUGCUCAACUUUCAUCUUCGCUCUUUGGAUGACCGCACAGGGAGGAGAGGCCGCGACCACGGCAUUUGCUAUUCUUUUUGGGUUCUGGUCGGGUGCUGCUAUUAGCUUGACUCCUGUGUGCAUCGGUAGAGUGUGCGAGACGAAGGACUACGGCAAAAGGAGUGGAACUGCAUUCUCCAUCUCGAGCAUCGCCGCGUUGGUCGGCGUGCCAUUUGCGGGAGCUAUCCUGCAAUGGUGUGACGGUGCAUACUAUGGGGUGAUCAUCUUCGCAGGUGGCCUGUACGUCCUCGCACUGGUGGCCUUCAUUAUUGCGAGAGGCGUCGCCGGUGGCUGGGCCUUCACAGUACUUUAUUGA